UUAUGGUUAAGAUAAACUUUUUCAAUCAAAGAGAACCAAAGUACCUGAGGCCAGCUUUUUCAAGCUCGCACGCCGGAGUUAGGGGCAUGGACUUUAACCGGUAGGAAACCACGCUCGCCAAAGUGGUGAGCGAAUGCACAUUCUGGAUAACGUCAAAGUCUUAACUCAGAGGUACGAGUUUAAAAAACUCGGUUUUUUUUUUACUGCUCAUACAUUUUUCAAUGAAUGAGUAGCUGCUUUGAUCAAGAAAUGAUGAUGUUGUACCUAACGAGGGCAUAAGAUGUGUUUUAAUGGUCAAAUACGAAAGGUCACUCAAAUUGUAAUGCUUUUAAUGGCGUUUUAUCACGUACCUUCAUUGUCAUGGUGUAAAUUGCUCUUCCGUCAUUUUAGUUACAUGAAGUGCGUGUUUACAUGUUUUAAAUAUCGUACCAUUGUCAUAAUGUCAUAGUCACAACCACAAUCUGGGCACACGUAUGAUUUCCUCUUGCCACGAUGAACUCAUGAUGUGACCCACACCUAUUGGACCAGAGAGUGUCUUGUCACCCUGGAAACGUCUUUGAAUAAAGUCAGUAAAAAGGUGCAUCCCUGAUGAUCUUAUGUGCAUAUGUUUUCCAGCUUACUCUGACACACUUAGACACGUACACUGUGGGUAGGUACGUGCGUACGCACACUACAAGUGCCGCUGUCUGAAGAGGAGAUUUAUAAUAGUUGUGGGGCCAAACAUCAAAGCGUUUGGCCGUGGCCCCUGGCAAAGCACACUUGUUCCACUUGGAACGUGUCCAUGCCAGAGCAUUGUUCCUCUUUUCAGAGGCAUCUUAGAGUUGUUCCGUUCGUUCCUCAUUUCCAUCAUUGGAUGCCUAUUGCCUAACCUGAUCAUGAAACGCCUCUCCUCCGGCAUGGUUCUUCUGUGGAUGACAUUUCAAGUAACUCAAAGCGAGGUGAUCUUCGACGAGAACGGACAGGUGAAUUCAUCCAAUGGCAUGGAUUUUCAACGCUUCUACGUAUCCCGGAUCGAGUACAUGGAACGAUUUUGCUUUAAUAUUGAGGUUGAGGCCAAUCAAGAAGUGAAGUAUGCCUUUGAGGUCCUCAAUGCCAACCCCAAGAACGCUCGGAAGCUGACCCUAACCCUGACGGUAGCUAAUUCCAGUUCAUUAGUGAUAGCCCACGAAGUGGAAACAUCUGAGGCCUCGUUUAAGUACAAGACCCCGGUGGAAAACGAUUUGCUCUUCUGUCUCUCAACCAGUGUUGGACCAUACAUUCCCCGUGAAGCAUUUUGGGAGAUCAGUGUGACUGGGAUGGUGGAUGAGUCCAAGCUUAACUCUAAUAUUGAGGAGGCAGUCGUUCAAGCGGCCGUGCUGGAGUCAAGUCAGGAGACAAUGCACCGGUUGAAUCAAAUCCAAGUCCGUUUACAAAUCGGUCAACAACUUCAAACCUUAUACAAAGCUCAUAACACCAAGGACAAUCACUACGCCGAGGCUUUGAAUGCCAUGGUGGAUCAAUGGAGUUUGACGCAUGUGGUGUUGGUGGUGAUGUGCUAUAUGGCCCAGGUGUAUUUCCUGAAAAGACUCUUCCUCAGUCCAGAGACCUCUUCUCGUCACAAGAUGAGGGCCUAAAUGAGACGAGGGCACCAACAUGGUUCAUCACAACCACUAUUCCAAUCUUUACGUACACAAAUGAUGGAGAUGAGAUUUCUCUUGGCUGCCAGAGUUCAUAACCCAAUAAUAGUGAGAAGAGAAAUAGCCAAAGGAGAUUACGAAAACAGAAUGAAGGCAGAGGCCGAUGAAGAUGAGAAAUACGGGGAAGGAGAGCCAAGCCCGAGUAAAACUUUCGUUCUGCAAGUGGCUCUUUCAUCAUAUUGACGCUUUCAAAGCAUUAACGCCACCACCUCCUCCUCCAGCCUUCUCUGUCUUGCACUGUCUUUCUCUCCUUGAGCACCUUGAGAUUUUCCCCAGUCCCUCCCUGCCAAUGGUUCUUCCUCUGUAUGUGUGUGCUUGUAACCCCUUGUCAAAAAAUGACCCUCUGUUCCGGCUCUCACGGUUCCACUAGGCAGAUAACCAACCAACCAACCAACCAACCAACCAACCAACCAACCAACCCACUUGGGUGCUAGAAAUGGCAACAGUGGUGCUGGUAGUGGAAGAUGUCGUCGUUUCCCCUUCUUUCGCUCGUACUCGUCCUGUGUGAGUUAGUUCCGUUCCGUGCAGUCCUUGCUGCUGCAUGAGUUCUGAGCUGUUUAAGCCGAGGAUGGAAAAGACGAUUCAUGGAAUGAACGAGUGUCCAUUUUCCCACCCAUACCAUUCCGCCCAUCUCACGAGAGAAACAGACACCGCCCAUCACCCAUCACCUACAGUCUAGCCAUAUAUUUAUCUAUCUAUCUAUCUAGUUACCUUCAUUUUUGAAUCUGUAUCCCCUUUCAAUAACGAUGGAUAUCAAACAUUUUCCUAACACUUGAUCGUUUUGAACACUUACUUUCAAUUUGGCGAAUGCAAAAUGAGUUAUUCAGAGAAAAUCCAGCGCAAUACAUUUUGCGGUUGAUAAAGA